CAACGUCCUUCAUAACGGAGAACAUGAUGCCAGUGUGAUUUCGAUGAAGAAAAUCUCUCUGAUUGAACAACCUUCAGAUACUGACAACGCGCCAAAGUUGUUCUAAAGUCUGACGAUGCGGCUAUUACGAUACGACGACGCUGGCAACUACAGCCUCACCCCGGACCUUGCCGCCGACGAUGUUCAUCCCUAUGCGAUCCUUUCUCAUACAUGGGGACCAGACGAGGUGGUUAUUGGCAGACCUGGAAAGCCCAAGAGAUGAUUGGAAGCGCAAGACAGGCUUUGACAAGAUCAGGUUCUGUGCCGAGCAAGCGAAACAGCAUAGGCUCCAGUAUUUCUGGGUUGAUACUUGCUGUAUUGACAAGUCUGAUGUCAUCGAACUGCAAACUGCGAUAAAUAGCAUGUACCGGUGGUAUCUCAAUGCGAAAAUCUGCUUUGUCUACUUGACAGACGUCUCAGCUCCUACAGCGCUGGGCGAGCAGCCUGCCGUGCUCUGGGAAGGGGCCUUCCGAGAGAGCAGAUGGUUCACUCGCGGCUGUACCCUCCAAGAGCUCAUCGCUCCGGCAUCAGUGGAGUUCUACUCAAGUGAAGAGACGUUCCUAGGUGAUAAGAGGUGUUUAGAGCCUCAAAUACGCGAUGUCACAGGCAUCCCUGCAAGUGCUCUCCGCGGCACGCCUAUGUCCACCUUCCCUGUUACAGAACGAAAGAGAUGGAUUGGCAAGCGUCAGACGAAAUACGAGGAGGAUUUGGUGUAUUCGCUGCUGGGUAUAUUUGAUGUGCACAUGCCUCUGAUAUAUGGCGAAGGUCGAGAAAAGGCAUGGAAAAGACUGGAAGAAGAGAUUCGGAGAGAGAUGAAAGGUUUCCAACACAAUGAUUUCUCGGUGUCUUUUAGCCUCUUCAAUGUUCCCGAGACACAACAUUUCGUGGCAAGGGAGAAGGAACUUGCAGAGAUGCGCGAGAAACUCGUGUCGGACGGAAGCCGUCGCGUCGUCGUUCUCCACGGACUUGGUGGCAUCGGCAAAACGCAAACCGCUGUUACCCGCCUGAGCGCUAUCGAUCUGCAGCAGGAUCAUAAACAAGUCACCGAAGCAGUGAAAUCCUGGCUUAGCCUGCCAGGGAACACUAGGUGGCUCAUGAUCUUCGACAACCUUGACAACCCGAAAGCUACCUAUAGCAACGCCGACACCGGAAUCGAUAUCAACUGCUUUCUUCCUGAGGCAUACCAAGGGUCAGUCAUUAUCACGACACGAUUAUCGCUGAUUGACUUGGGGUGGUCAAUCCGGAUGAGAAAACUCGAGUUAGCGGAUGACAGUCUCGAAAUUCUGUCAAAUACCUCAGGUCGAGGCAGCUUGAAAGAUAAUGUCGAUGCUAGAAAGCUUGCAAUGGAACUAGAUGGACUUCUUCUCGCUCUUGCCACUGCUGGAGCAUACUUGAAGCAUGUUUCUGUCAGUUUCGAUGACUACUUUCGCCUGUAUCAAGAAUCGUGGGCCAGGCUUCACGCGAGCACUCCGGCUUUAGGCUCAUACCAAGAUCGCACAUUAUGUUCAACGUGGCAGCUAUCAUACGAGCAGAUCCAGAGGGAAAAUACACUUGCAGCUCGUCUCCUCACAUGGUGGGCAUAUUUCGAUAACGAUGACAUCUGGUUCGAACUUCUCCUAUGCCCCGACACAGACCGCCCGGCUUGGAUGGACGAGUUUAAUGAUGAAUUGAGCUUUAAUGGAGCCAUGGGCAUGCUGCAUAACUACGGCUUUGUCGAACCGCAUGACUUGAUGAAUAGCGCGGCGAAAGCAAGGGGAUUCAGUAUCCACGCAUGCGUACAUGCCUGGGUGAUCAACACCCUGAAUCAAGACUGGAACCCCGAGUUGGCCAGGCUUGCAGUAGACUGCAUUGCAUCGCAGGUACCGUCUCAAAAUGCGAAUCAAUUCUGGGUGAUUCAGAGACGGCUUCUGCCUCAUGCUAUGAGAUCCUACACUAUAAUCAAGAAUGGGCUCUACAACAGAGUGUCAGCGUUUAACAACCUAGGACUCCUUUAUGCUGAUCAAGGCAAGCUGCAACAAGCUGAGGACAUGUACCAGCGAGCGCUUCGAGGAUAUGAGAAGGCAUGGGGAUCUCAACAUAUGAUGAGGCAUCGAUCAGCAAUUAAUACUACGCAGAAUCUCGGGGCUUUACUAUCGCUUCAGGGCAAGCUAGCUGAAGCUCAGAUGCUCUAUAUUCAAGCUCAUGCUAGUCUUGAGGCACUGGUAGGACCUUCGCAUAAAGAUGUUCAAGCAAUUCAAAUUGUGUUAAUGCAUCUGAAUAAGUCAAUACAAGGUUAA